GCCUUAACUCACACUAGUAGUGUUUUAUCUGCAGCCACAACACUCAUUUACAAACUCUGAUCCUGCGCGCGUCUCAUCCUCCCCAGACUGCUAUCUACCCAUCCACACCGCUCGAUAUCCACCGUCAACCGUCGGCAAGACAGAUUCCAGCUCGAGAACCGCUCUGAAUACUUCACGGACCUCUAUCAGACACCUACAGCAAUGUCCGGUGCCGCCAACGGCCACGCUCCGCAGCCGGAGUACACGCUUCAAGGCGUCAUGCGGUUCCUGCAGAGCGAGUGGCAGAAGAACGAGCGAUACAGAAUCCAAUGGGAGAUUGAGAAAGCUGAGAUGAAGGCGCGGAUAGCGAGACUAGAAGGCGAGAAGCGCGGGACCGAGAAGUUGGUGGAGUCCUAUGUCAAACGGAUCACUAUGCUCGAGCGCGCUCUGGCGGAAGAGAGAUCGAAAGCAUCUGGGACUGCACCAGCACCUGCAGAUAGUAAAACGACCGAGAAGAAAGCUGAUCCAGAGGAAUUCAGCAGUGAGCUGGAGACAGCAGCUACUUCCGAGCCAUUCAUCAACAGCAAAGCAUACAUCGAGGAGACCGAGAAACGGAGGCUCAAGUCUAGACAAUACCUGGAAAAAUGCCUACAAGAAGUCACAUAUCUCCUGGUGUUUGCGGAUAAUAUUCCGUUGCAGAGCUCUGCUUUGCCAGAAUCACAGCAGCAGCCCAACUCUUCAUAUGCAGCCGCGGUUAACGGAUCAGGUGCGCAUUCAGAUAACGGCAACCGGCAGCAGCAGCAGCAGCGGCAAGGUGAAGGAGCACUGCCGCCACAGUAUGAAGCGAAUCCAGGACGGAACGGCAACGGCACCAACGAUCGGAUGCGUCAGUCUGCACCAAACUCAAGCACAAACAAUGACAGCAGCAGCAGCAGCAGUACCAACAACAAUAGCAGCCGAGUGAUUAUAUUCAAAGAAAAUGCAUCUGAAAACGGCACAGGCAACACGGCGGCGGGCGCGGCUACGAAUAAUGGCGCGCCGCGGAUCACAGCGCAGGCGGUUGAGAUCACGGACGCGGACGCAGACCGUCCGGUUGCGAUUGGAGAACCGCUGGUGAGCAGCACGAUUGUGAGUGAAACGGACGGAUGGGACGAUGACGAUCGACCUAGGACUGGAGCCGGAACUUCGGGGUCCUCGACUCGCACAAUCCCACUGUAGUGCGAUAUAUAUAUAUUUGGGUGAUAUGAGAGGGUUGCUCUAGAGUACAGCUGUGUAUAUUAAACUAACAUAUCAAGGAACUACAAGCGAGUUAGUCUUCGCUAGAAAUACAGAAAUCAUAUUUUACAAGACGGAAACGAGAUGAGAUAAGAGAAAACCGCUCGCGUAAAACCUAAGAAGACGG